AUGGAGCGAUGCGAAGAGCUUGAGAAGAAAAAGGAUGACCACGAUGAUGAUGCCAUGAUGAAGGCACGACCACCAGUGGUCAUUACUUAUAAUUAUAUCGACGGUGUAUUAUCAUGUCCACAAUGCGCACGUACCUAUACGAAUAAAAUCGGAUAUGCAAGUCAUUCGAGGGCGCAUCAAAGGGUAGAGCAACGAAACCCUAACUCACAAUAU